UUCAGAAAUAGAAAAUACUUUCACUGUGUCAAGUAUUUCUAGUUAAUAUAUUAUUAUAGACUAUAAAUAAUAAAUUUCUGUUGCAACUUUUACGCAUGUAGUAUGUAUAAUCUGUAACAAUUAACGGAUGUUUUUACCAUGACAGUUUUUUAAUUAAGAGCCAAGAACGAAAUAUAAACUUCUUUAGUCACUUAUAUGUACUAAUGGAAAUAUUACGAAUCUAUUGAAAAACGAUUGUGAAAAAAUGACAUAUUCAAAAUAUGAAUCCGACCAGAUGAGAAAACAUUUUUUAAAAAAAAAAUUGAAAAUAUUUAUUGGUUCUUGGAAUAUGAAUAAUCAAGAUCCUCAUAUCGAAAUUAAUUCUUUUAUAAAACCGAGUGUUGAACACAAUGUAGAUAUCAUUAUUUUUGGUACACAAGAAAGUUUUACAUACGUAAUGGAAAAAUGGGAAUACAAAAUUCAAAAAGCUAUUGGAUCAACUUAUAUUAUGAAAGCAAAAAGUCAAUUAGGAAAGUUAUAUAUUUUCUUAUUUGUACGUUAUGAACUCCGGAAAUUUACUUCAGUACAUAAAAUGAAGUCAGUGCUACCGAGUACUUCAACUGUUCUCAAAACGAAAGGUGCUAUAUCUUUGACCCUAACAAUAUUCGGAAAAAACUUGUUAUUUGUAAAUACGCAUUUGAUUCCACAUAGUUACAAUUGGAAGAAGCGUUAUGAACAGCUAACAAAAAUAGUGGAUUUACUUGGAUUUUAUGAAAGUGACGUUCAUCGGAAAAUUAAAAAUCUCAGAAUUAACUUCGAUGUAAUUUUUUAUUUUGGAGAUUUCAAUUUUCGUCUUAAUUUACCAAGAGAAAACGUAAUGAAUCUAAUUCGCAAAACACAUUAUCCAACUGAAAUUUCUGUAAUUUCAUCUCAUGAUCAAUUAAAAAUAUUGUUGGAUACUAAUAGCAUACUACAAGGAUUUUGUGAAACUGAUAUUACAUUUCCUCCAACUUAUAAAUUUGACUAUGGAACUCAAGUUUUAGAUUCAAGUCAAAAAAGACGAACCCCAUCUUACACAGAUAGGAUUCUUCAUAAAAAUAAAUUACAAUAUUUUUUGUGCAAUCUCGAUCAUAAACUCAUCAAAAGUGGAGUAAUGUUGACUGAUAUUAUAUAUGAUUCUAUUCGUAAUGUUCGAACAUCGGAUCAUAAGCCUGUUUAUGGUAUUUACCACAUAAAUUUCUUUACUGAUAUCUAUACAUCACCAAAUAAACGUGUAUUAUAUGGAUUAAUGGAUUAUGUUAUUACAGACAGUCAUCAAAAACUACCUGUAAAAGUAUUCUUUUGAUAAAUUCAGCAGUUAUAGAAAUACCAGCAGACGUGCUACUACGUUAACGCUAUACAAUAGAUAAACAUUAUUCAUGUUAAUUUCGAAAAGAAUAAUUUUAAUUCAAAAUAAUACAAUAAACUUAUAAGUCU